CAGCCGAUGACGGCGAACAGUAACUGUCAGCGAUUGAACAAGGGUGAACACGCGCUUCAAACGUUGCUAUGGUAGCGUGCUAGUAGGCGGAAGGAGCGCGCGUUUAAGUGUGUGUUAGCAUACAGGUGAUGAUUGAUUACGGGUGCGAUUAAAAGAAAGAUCAAGAGCUUUGGUGGUGCAUCCGAACAUCUUUGCCUUGAAUUCUACGAUUUUUAUUUUGUAGAGUUUACGAAUUCGCACAACAAGUAAGAAAAAAAACGGGUUGUGUUUAGUGACGAAUAGCGCUCGUAGAUCAGGGCAAUUAGGGCAGUGAUAUGAGUUUGAAAUUGACGCAACGUGUGUCUUAUCGGCGGGCGAUAAGACAUCGUCCGGUAAAUCGGUACUGGUGGCACACGGUGGGUGUCGGUGUAGUGUUGCUUUCGUUCGGGGCACUAUUCGGUAUCGGUGACGUUGAUGCAGCUAAUCUUUGUCCACUGGUGGAAUCGGUCGACAUCAGCAAUGGAACACAGGAAGCGGAUGGAACCAUCGAGUAUGACGGUAUUCGGUACAGCACCAAGCAGUACUUUUUCGACGAUAGUUCGGCGGUGCGUGGUUGCGUGUGUCUCAUACGCCAAUGUCUGCAUAUCUGCUGCCCGGAUGAAAUUCCCCAAGGAGAACCGUGUCCAUCGGAUGACAUCACCGUCAACUUCACCAUGUCCGCCGAUGGGAUAGUUCAUGACACGCGUAACCUGCGGGAUAACGCAAACUACUAUUUUCUUUACUCCAAACCUCAAUGUUCCGGAUCACUGCUGACGUUGUUCGGCGAUGAGUACAUCUUGCGCGCGGACGGUAUACUAGCGUACGGGGAGAGCCUGUUUGACAAUCGGCACUACUGUUUGCAGUCAGCAGAACCGCUUGCCUAUGCCGGAUACUGCGAAACGGUGGAUGUAUACGCAAUGCACCGAAUGUACUCCGUAGGCAUCUUCAUAUCGUUGCCGUUCCUGGUGGCAACCCUCGUCGUGUACGCGAUGCUCCCAGAGAUGCAAAACAUUCCUGGCAAGUCGCUGAUGUGCUAUGUGGCGUCGCUUACCGUUGCCUACCUGCUGUUGGGGCUGAUGCGUUUCAACGUGUUCGUGUAUCAGUCGAACUGGUGCAUCGCCUCCGGGUAUAUAGUGUAUGCGACGUUGUUGGCUAGCUUCUUCUGGCUGAAUGUGAUGGCGUUCGAUAUAUUCUGGACGUUCGGUGGUAGCCGCGGUAGGUCGAGCGAGCGGCGAAAGUUUCUCUACUACAGUCUGUAUGGUUGGGGUGCGCCACUGUUGAUCGUGGGGUUCGUGGCGCUGGUGGACAAUACCGAGUUUGUACACGAUUCGAUGCGGCCCCAGAUCGGCAGGGAGCGGUGCUUCGUGAGUGUGGAAAAGCUGAUUGGGUUUCUGUAUAUGUAUCUGCCUAUGCUGCUGCUCGUGACUGCCAAUGUGGCGUUUUUCGCCGUAACGGCCAUACGCAUCUACCGCAUGGAGCAGGCGACGGCUUCUGCUCUGUCCGGAGAAUCCCGACGCCACACUAAGUACGAAAAGGACCGCUACAGUCUGUACUUGCGACUGUUCAUCAUCAUGGGUGUGACCUGGACGAUAGAGAUCAUCACCUUUCUGGUCGGUGAAAACACCUGGUUGAUCUAUUUGGUCGAUAUCUGCAACUGUUUUACGGGCAUCUUCAUAUUCGUGCUGUUCGUGUGGAAACAGAAGGUGAAACAGCUCCUACUGAAACGAUUCGGCUUUAAUCGAACCGUCCCGGGUCGGAACGACCAGCACACCAACAGCACCAUUAGCACAACGCGCUCGACCGACCUGAAGUCGACGGCAAACCCUGAGACUCGCCUGACGGAUGUGACUCAUGGGAAUUGAAAGGUGUUUACAUUACGGGCAUGCGAAGAGAAGACGCCGAAUGGUUAACAUUGCCGUCCGUAUGCACACGGAAUGGGGUAACUUAUAGCCGUCUUCAAUUGGUGGCCAUUGUCAUGUAAGGAUGAUCGCCCAUUUGCCGCGCGAGCGUGACCAUGACCAUGUCGACAUCGUACGGCGUGAUUUGCGAAACAGUUCGCAAUAUCUAUGUUGUAUUCUGAAUGCAAACUUCCUGUUUUGCUUGGGAGGUCCACAGCACAGGUAAAUGGUGCAAGGUUUAAUAAUUGUGUAAACAGCUAAUCGAAGCAUUGUUGUUAAUAUUUAAUCUAAUAUCAUAUAAAAAUGAUGAUCUACAUGUAUUUUUUUCAUCACACAUAGGAAGAUAACGAGAGCCUUGAAUGGAAAAGUAUUGAAAGUUUAUUAUCGAUUAAUUAAUUAUAAAUUCAUUAUUACAAAACGUUUUGUAGUCUGACAUCGUAACUCAAACAAGUUUUAGAAGGUUUGAAUACUCAUAAACUCAUCAACAAAAACCGUAAAACGUUGCAGUAAUUCAAACACGUGAAAUCUUUCAUGCGGUGUGAAAUAUUUCACGUGGGUAAAUUCGAGCUGCAUUGCUUGAAUAAUCGAGCGCGAGCGUUUUAAUUUCAAAAAGGAUUUCUAUCCGUUAUUGCGAGCCCUACUUCGUUGCAAGGCACGAAACAUAAUUUAAAUGAUUGUUUUAAGUUAUUUAAAUGCGAAACAAGAGUAUCCUCUUUAUUCAUGAAACCAUGUAUUUAAUGAGAAGUAUUGACAGUUCAUAGUUAAAAUAUCUUAACUCAGAUACAUCCAAAGCAGUCAGACAUUUAUAAUAUCAACGUUAGUUCGCAGUGAAACGAUUCAUUGUGCAUUUAUAUGUACCUCUCUGUGCAAAUUAAACUAUUCCUGUUAUGAUCGUAAUAUUGCCAUGAAAGCCUAUGGAGCUGUGACUCAACGAAUGUUUGUGCAAAGUGAUUCAUAGAUUUCCAUACUUCAACGUUAGCCAGAACUGCUCGGCGAAGAUAACAAACAUCUGUUGUUGCUGUUUUGGCGUGUUGUAUAUUUUCUUUAUUCCAUAUCGCUUUCAUGAAAUAGUGUAUUUAGUUUGCUAGCGUUGUUUAGUGCAGAAAAACGCUAUGAGUUUGCUAUUAAACGUGUAAAGUAAUGAAAACACUACCUGCGGUAUUACAGCAAUGUUCAAUAAAUAAUUCUC